AUGUCGCAGCAGCCAACACACCGCUACCACAAGUUGCCGUGGUGGAAGCGGAUUGCGCUCGACCGGGCGUACCGGCAGCGCGUUAGGAACCUCGCGACGCAGCGCUACCGUGCGGAGAUGCAGCUGCUGCAGUACGCCCCCUGCGAGGUGGCCGCCGCCGCGUGGGACGAUGGCCGUCCGAUCCCCCACUCAUCACAGUACAUCUGCGUGGAGGAGGAGUCGUGUGCGUGGGCCACGCGGCACCCGGAGAGCAUGGCGAAGGUCUCCGCCUUCCGCAACCUGCGAACGGCGGCGGCGGCGGUCGUCAUUGCCGGCAGCCGCACGGAGGAGCGGGAGGCGGAGAUUAUCGCGGAGGUCAAGCAGCUGUACGACGCCGAGGCGGCCUCGGAGCGCCUCUACGGGCUGUCGUACGUCUGGAAUCGUCCACUCCCGCCAAACGGCUUCAUUCGUGUGUGGCCUAGCCCGAUCUCCGCCAUGUGGCCCGCGCUGCUGGCGGCGGAGGUCGCCGUGCCUCCGCACGUGACACUGUCAGCCCCGGGGAGCCAUGUCGCGCUGCCGCCGGGGAUGAAACCCGCGUGCCUGACCGACCCCCUCUGCGUCAACGUUUUUCGCCGGAGUGGCGAGUACCUCGGGGCGUGGCGCCAGUCGCUGUUUCUCGUUCGCUUCAAAGUCAUUUGCUGGGCGCUGCACGAGGAGGAGCGGCGGCGCACCUGCGGCGUGGUGGGCCGCCCGGUGCUUGCCUCAGACAAGGCAAUCCCGGCCGCUGCCUGUGGGCGAACGCUAAGAAAUGUUCCGGUGUUUCCGCUGCCGCUGCUGCGCCUGCAGCGCGGGACGGCCACCUUCAGUGAAAAGACGUGCCGCCUCAACCUCCACAGCCUCCACGCACCGCUGACGUGGGAAGGCAUCGCCCCCGCCCCCUCCACCUACCGGGCAGAGCAGGCGUACCAGAACUGGCACGCGCUGCACCGGAGCUCGGCGGUGGUGCGACAGGCCGUGCGAGACGUGUUUAAUCUGUUGGCGCAUAACGAGCGAGGGCUGCUGACGAAGACCACGUAUGUCGCGUUCGUUCUGGACCUGCUCAACCUCUUCUUCCCAACCCGCAUCUCUUCUGCCAACAUUGCCAUUGCGGAGGAGGAGUGGGUGUACCGCGGCACCACGGACUUGGUCAGCUUUGAGACCUUCUACGAGAAGUUCUUUAGCUUCCCGUUCAUCUUCCUGCGCGACCUCAACACCGUGACGCGGGAUCAGUACGUGGAGGUGUGGUGCCUGAUUCGCGUCUGCCUGCUGGAGGACGCGGAAUCCAUCACCUCCAACAUGCGCAGAACGGUCGCCUUGGCGUCGUCCACCACCAAGUCAGCUGGCACAGCGUCUCUCAACACGACGGUGACGGCGGCCCACGUUGCGGCGACGCGCAUCACAGGCUACAGCCGCCCACGCCGGCCCAUGACGGUGCUGGAGGCCACCCUCUGCUCCAUGGACAAGUUGAAGAACUUGGGGCGGCGUGAGGUGCUGCCGCUCAUUGGGGACAUACAUGGCGUCACCCGGGAGGACGUGCUGCUGCUAGGGGAGAGGGACUUCCACAACACGGACAACUACGCACUGCACGAGGCGCGGCAGGCGGCGGCGGCGGCGAUGCUUCAGAAGGAGCGGCGUGCCUUGUCGCCCGCCCAGUUGACGGCUGUAGUGCAUGCGCGGGGGAAACAGCUGCUGUCGAGGGUCUCCAGGGCCGUGCGCCGGCAGCAGAUGCAGGAGGAGGCCCAGAGGCUGCAGAGCUGCGGCACCGACGGACGCCGGAGCACGGACAGCGAGGAGAACAGCGUCGCCGCGUACGAGGGCCUCAAGCUCGACGAGGAGAAGGCCGCGGAUGAGGACGGCACCUCGUCGAUCCACAGCCGCAGCUUCUCUGUGCCUCGCUCUCGGCAGGAGAAGCGGGGAGCCAAGGCGGGGUGGACGGACGGGACAGUGGGGCGCCGCGCGGCGUUGGAGAAGAUUGAGGAGGAGCGCGUGAGGAAGCAGCUGCUGGAGACCUCGGUGCUUUACCGGCAUCGCCGCAUGCGGCGGCACACCGAGCACGCCAAGGUCCUCUCGCACGUCUCCCGCAGCCACAGCGCGUGGGAGUUGUACCGGCAGGACGUCUUUGAUCUCCCGCACGAGUCGCAGGAGGAGGAGGACCAGCUGUUGGCGUUUGUGCGGGACCUCCCGGACGACUUCUUCGAGGACACCAAUUCGCUGCGGGUGCGCUACGGCGUCUACGCGGCCCGCCUCCGCGCGGUUGCGGAGCGCGCCCGACACGACAAUCCCCUUGCGACGGGGCCCCUGUCGCCGGCGCUGCUGCAGACAAACUUCUCGAACACGUUCAGCGGCGCCGAGUUGGACUCGAACUCCUCCUACUUGUCGCCCAGCACCCCACUCCGCGGCGUGCUGCCGUCCAGCCGUGCCUUGAAGUUGGGGCGCAGGCCGUUGCCUGGAGCAACAGGCCAGCUCUCGUCUGCCUCCAACUUGUCGCGGAUGAGCGUGGAGAAGGCAGGCGCGUCGUUAGUGGAGGAGAGGAAGGCAGCGUCUCCGACGCCGUCGCUGGCCUCCGGCGCCGCGGCCAGGCGAAACCCGGCCGACGAGGCGAGCGGCGACAGGGACGGCAACGAGGUGAGUCUGCGGCGACGGGAGGCGGUGGAGCCAGGGCGAGCGAUGCAUCUUCGGCUGCAGCUAAAACAGGAGCUGGACCGUCGCUAUGAGGCAAUGCUGGCGAGGCGGCCGCGCCGCCUGCUUCCAUCUGCUGCGAUCACCGCGGGGAAAAAGGGUGCCGCCACGGGGCGAAGCCACGUCGGGGUGGGCGCCCGUCGGCGGUUGCCCCAACAGGGUGCUUGA